UUUUUUUUUUUUGCCUUCGUGUGUUUAUAGUGCUGGUCGGUUUGUUUGGGGUGCCUGAACUGAGCUGUUUUCACUGAGUAAGCUUUUCGCGGUUUUCCCCCCUUUUCCCUUGACGCAGUAACUUAGUCUAGAAUAGUCGCCGCAUCUCUGUAGACUAGAGCGGGCUACUAAGUGUUGACCAAGUCGACACCGCUGCGCUGUCCUAGACUGUUACGUCUCCACCAGCGAGUUGACUACAAGGUCGGCAGCUGACGUGACGCGUGUCGUCGCCGGUCGACUGAAGCUAACCAAGUAGCCGGCGGGCUUGCCUUGCUUGCCGCUCGGCUUCCAGCGGAGGACCAGGCAGGCAGGCAGGCAGCAGCGGUGACUGCAGAGCUCCGCGGCUCGGUCUCUCGUACUGACUGACUCUGCGCUAGUAUGGAAGCAGGAGAUCGUUGCGAGGAAGCCGCCCUUUAAGUCGAGGAAACGGCACGGAAAAUCAUGGCAACGAGCGGCUUCACGGACCUCAGGGAGAAGCUGCAGUCCAUGGUCCCGCACAACAGGGACGCCCACAGCAAGCGGAGGGAGGGGAACAACAACAAGCGCAAGCACGACGCCUCCGAAGAGGAGCAGAGCGACCCGGAGGAGCUGCGCGAGACCGAGGAGGCGCGCAAAGUGCGCAGCGGCAUCACGCAGCUGAGCGUCUUCAGCGCCGACGAGUGCGCGCUCAUCGAGGCCAAGAUCGACGAGGUGGUGUCCCGGGCCGAGAAGGGGCUGUACCGGGAGCACACGGUGGACAGGGCGCCUCUGCGCAACAAGUACUUCUUCGGCGAGGGCUACACGUACGGCUCCCAGCUGGAGAAGCGCGGCCCCGGCCAGGAGCGCCUCUACUCCAAGGGCGAGGUGGACGACAUCCCCGACUGGGUGCACGAGCUCGUCAUCCGCAGGCUCGUGGCGCGCCGCGUGAUCCCCGCGGGCUUCGUCAACAGCGCGGUCAUCAACGACUACCGGCCCGGCGGGUGCAUCGUGUCCCACGUGGACCCCAUCCACAUCUUCGAGCGGCCCAUCGUGUCCGUGUCCUUCUUCAGCGACUCGGCGCUCUGCUUCGGCUGCAAGUUCCAGUUCAAGCCCAUCAGGGUGUCGGAGCCCGUGCUGCUGGUGCCCGUGCGCAGGGGGAGUGUCACCGUGCUCAGUGGUUACGCUGCGGACGAAAUCACCCACUGCAUACGACCACAGGAUAUUAAGGAGAGGAGAGCUGUGGUCAUCCUAAGAAGAACAAGGCCUGACGCUCCACGAUUGGAAACUAAUUCUCUGAACAAAGUGGUCCUCUCCGUCUCAUCUGAAAGACAGAAGAUACUGAAACCAAAACGAUCUCGCCGAAAGGCUGAUCCCGACGCAGCCCACAGACCACGCAUACUGGAGAUGGACAAAGAAGAGAAUCGGCGCUCCGUGAUCCCCCCCAGACGCAGACAGAGGAGUGGCUCCGGCUCUGAGCACUGGAGACGGUCCCACGAGGCCGCGGGCAGCUACAGCCAACCUGAUGACAGCUCCAGCUUUGUUAGGAAAGUUAAAAUGCGACGCCAUUGAAAGGGAACUGCAGCUCCGGACACCAGAAACCUUUGUUUGCAUGCAGGUUUGGAAGCGAUUAGGUCCUGUGUUAGAGACCAAGUGAUACACUGUUUUUCUUGGUCAUGCAUUUCAGCUUGGGUUUUUUUUUUUUUUUCCCUCCCCCCCCCCCCCCUCUUUUUGGUGGUUGGAAAUUCCACUUUUACAAUUCAAAUGAAAGCAAAGCUGUUUGUGCACCCAGUGUAUGAGUUUGAAGUUCAGCUAAUCCUAUAGGUGUUGCCAGCUCAUAUAACUACUCCUGUAGAAAAGUCUACAGGAGACAUAUGAUGCAGACAUCUAUGAAAUCCCUCCAUAGAUACUGCCUAGCAAAAACGUCUCAAACUGUAAAACUAUAUUGUAAGGUGAGGAAGUUCCUGCAUGGUUUUUUGUUGCAACCAGAACAUACGACUUUGUCAGGUGUU